GGAAUCCGAAUCAAUUAGUCACCAUGAAGUACGUGGGGCAUUCAAUCUGAGAUGCCCGUUCCAAGAUAUAACGAGACAAAUGGACUUGAUUGCUUCUUCCUGCAAGAAGUAGGCUGUUAAAUUUGACCCACUCAAGUCACUCCUGCAAGAAGGACACUUGGCUCUAAGCUUAAAGCUCAGAUUCCUCCCAGUCUUCUUCUAACAUACACCUCAAAGAAGAAAUGUCAAAGGAACGCAGUAGCACCACAAGCUUCUCUCUCCCUUUCCUGGUAGGAUUUAGUUAACCUGAAUCUUCCUUCCUGCUUUUCAGCUUAAUGCAGCUACCUGCCACUGAUUCAGAAUAAAUUGAGCGCUUCUGUGUUCCAUCGAGCAAACAGAUACAGAUUAAAUCGAGCAGUGUUUCUAUUCCCAAAAAAUAAAACAAAUUGAAAAUAGCUUCAGAAAGCAUGAAGCUAGUAGCUUUGGGAUUAGUUUUAUUGGGGUGCCUCCAAUCUUUGGCAGCUCCUGACUUCCAAGUCAUAGCACUGUAUGAAAUGAGGAUGAUGCUCACUGACAGCCGCGGUGUCUUGAAAGACUGGAACAAUAACCAAGUGAGCCCCUGCUAUUUUGAUAAUGUUAGAUGCGAUCAAGAUGGCAGCGUUAUUGGAAUAACUUUGAGCUCCUCAGGGUUAAGUGGAAUUUUAUCACCCAGCAUUGCAACGUUAACAACUUUACAGCAGCUGUUAUUGGAUGGUAACAGCAUAACUGGAGGAAUUCCACAGGAGUUAGGGAACCUAUCAAACUUAAUGACUCUAAAACUUGGAAGAAAUAGCUUAAAUGGCUCAAUACCUAAAUCUUUUGGCCUUCUAUCAGAACUCCAAAAUCUGGAUCUAAGCGAAAAUCUGUUGAUUGGUAACAUUCCAAACUCUUUGUCAAAUCUUUCAUCGUUGAACAAUAUUAAUCUCGCAUAUAACAGUCUUAGCGGUGAAAUACCAGAACAGCUACUUCAGGUGUCCCAAUAUAACUAUACAGGCAACCAUUUGAAUUGUGGCCAGCACAUAAUUUCAUGCAAUGGAAGCACUAAUAAGACAGGUGGAUCAAGCAACUCCACUGUCAAGGUGAUUCUUGGAAGCAUUGGCGGUGCAGUCGUUCUCAUUGUUUCUGUAGUUCUAUUUCUGCUAUGGUGGCAAAGAAUGCGCCACAGUCCUGAUAUAUACAUUGAUGUUCCAGGUCAGCAUGAUCACAACCUAGAGUUUGGGCAGAUAAAGCGUUUUUCAUGGCGAGAACUCCAGACUGCGACCAAUAAUUUCAGUGAGCAAAAUGUACUCGGCAAGGGCGGUUUCGGUAAGGUGUACAAAGGAGUGCUUCCUGGUCCAGACAGCAAGAAGGUUGCGAUCAAACGGCUAUUUGAAGUAGGAAGUCCCGAAGGCGAAAUGGCUUUCCUCAGAGAAGUGGAAUUGAUAAGCAUUGCUGUGCAUAAGAACAUAUUAAGAUUAAUAGGAUUCUGCACGACACCAACAGAGCGGCUCUUGAUAUACCCCUUCAUGGAAAAUCUGAGUGUCGCUUCCCGUUUAAGAGAUAUAGAACUUAAUGAACCAAUAUUAGAUUGGACGACAAGAAUGACGAUCGCACUUGGAGCUGCCCGUGGUUUGGAAUACCUUCAUGAGCACUGCAACCCCAAGAUCAUCCACCGCGAUGUCAAGGCUGCCAACGUCCUACUCGAUGGGAACUUUGAAGCAGUCAUAGGAGACUUUGGGCUGGCAAAGAUGAUGGACAUGGGGAGGAACACUGUGACAACAGGGAUCCGUGGGACAAUGGGCCACAUAGCUCCCGAGUACUUUAAGACCGGGAGGCCAUCAGUGAAGACGGACAUAUUUGGAUAUGGUGUUAUGUUAUUAGAGAUUGUGACAGGCGAGCGUGCAAUUUUCCCCGAUUUCCUCGAAGGAGCUGGCGAGGUCAUGCUCAUCGAUCAAGUGAAACUGUUGAUGCAAGAAGGGCGAUUGGAAGAAAUCGUAGACCGCAAUAUAGGCUGUGGAUAUGACUUUCAAGAACUAGUAAAAAUUAUCCAAGUAGCACUCCUCUGCACCAAUAUUGACCCUUGUCAACGCCCUGCUAUGUCGGAAGUUGUGCAUAUGCUGGAAGAAAAAAUUGUGCCAGAAGAUCAGUGGGAGGAGUGGCAGCAAGCUGAGCUUACCCGUCGACAGCAGUACGAAAAUAAGCAGCACCACAAAUUAUUCACCUUCAGUGAGGAGUCACUGAACAUCUAUGAAGCCGUUGAGCUAUCUGGUGGCAGAUGAGCUGCAAGAUCAUCAAAACUCAUCAUGAUGUUCACUUGUUUCUUCAUUAGAAAGAGUGAAAGGAAAUAUAAAACUCAACAGUGCCUUUUAUAGAUGCUAUCUAUCUGGAGUACAGAAUCAAAACAAAGUUUUGCGAGACUAUAGAAUCAUUAGCAGAAUUAUGUAUAAGUAACUGUACCUAGAAGUGGUGCUGUGACACAAUGUUAUACUUAUAAAUCUAGCUCAGACACUAUUAACAUAUGUAUGCGUGUAUAUAAUCUAUAAACAGACUUAGUUGAUUUUACCUGUGUGCACACGUCUUGCAUAGGAAAUUUUCUGAUGACUAUUAUUGCUUAUUAUUAAAAUUUGGGUGUUAUAUAGUCCUUAUGUAAGGGCCAGCC